CCGAAAUUUGUCAACAUAAACAACAGUGAAUUUCUUUCUACCAAAGCUCUCCAGUUAUAAUAUUCUAGUCUAUGUACCAAAGCUUCCUACUAAAUAUUUCAGAAUUUGUCUUCCAAUGUCUACGACAGACGAAGAAAAAAGCAGGAUCAACAAACUGCUAAGCGAACUAGAGGUCCCCGAGGUAAAACUGUCCGCGCGCUGCUCAGACCUGGUCAAAGAGUUCCAGACUAAGUUCCAGGCGGAAGUAGAAGAUGAAGAGACGAUGAAGGAAGAAGUCUUCGAGAACCCCUACAAGGUGGACGCCGAGCUGAUGGGGGAGAAUGAGAGGAAGUUGAGUGAACUACUGGCUGAGAGCAAAAGAGCCAAGAGAGCCACUUCCAAGAGUGCUCCAUCCUCAGAAGACGCCGCGCGGCCGUGGCGGACCCACUCCAGCAGGGAGCGCCUGCUGCGGGUGGACCUGGAGCUCCGGAGGCAUCAUGAGAAGGCUUCUCAGCUAAUAACGGCAUUACCAGACGAAGAAAUGAAAGACCUUGUGAAGCAAUGUGAGGCUGAACCGAAUCUGACAAAACCCAUGACCAUCAGAGCAGUGGUGGACGAGGCGAAGAAAAACCUACCCAAUUUCCAGUUCAGGAAGAUCGAGAAUAGCACGGCCACAGGCAUUUAUGCCGAUGCUCAUAAGGCAGCUACAGAAGACAGAACUGAGAUUGUGAAUGAAGCGACAUGAACAAAACUUAACGCUUUCACACCAUUUUUGUGUUGCUUGUUUAAAACGUU